CCCCUCUUGUCGCGUCGCACGUCCAUACAUCCUUGACUCCAACAUCAACUCAAUUACUGCUGCGCCUCGCCCUCUACAUUCCACCAUCCGCACUUCUGCCGCCCUUCUGCAGACUCGCGCGCAAGCUGAGGCUCUCACCAGUCUAUUCUGUCUUCCCAACCACUCGUUACGCGCACCAGAGCUGCCCAUAUCCCGCCGAGACUGUGACGGGUCCCUGGUCAGAGCUCUCACUUUGUCUUCCCAGAAAAGCAUCAUUCGCCCUGUCUACACCAUGGACCGGGGUCGCUCUCCCUCUGCCUCGCAUGCUCAUAUAAGGCACUCCCCUUCGCCUUCGCCACAUGCUUCCUUCGACCCUUCCACUGCCACUGGCUUAGCCUUGGACCAGCCUCAGUUCACUUCACAGCUCAAUUCGAAUUCUGCCCAGCCAUACGACCUGAACCAAACUAGCUUCGACCCACAAUCAAAUCACUUCGUCGGCAUUGACAACAGUAAUAGCUCGGGAAUCUUUGGAAACACUAUCGAUCCCUCGUUCCUUGACGAUCAGACCUCCAACAACACCUUCCUCGAUCCGUCACUGCUAGACUCGAACUCUCUCAUGAGCCAGAUGGCGACGUCGCAAGCCCACUCACCAACCCCUCCUCACCUCCUACAACCGCAUAACAAUAUGCACCGCGCCACAAGUAUAAGCCCUCACCAUUCGCCGAACCUGAACCAAGGUGGCUUUCCUUCACCGGGCCACUCGAGACAUGCCUCCCUCGAUCCCUCUAGUGCCGCCUUUCCUAUGCAGAAUAUGCAGAACAAUGAGUGGGGGAACAUGAGGUUCGGUCACCACAGAGCACCGUCAGACACCUUCUCCGAUGUCUCUUCAAACUCCGCACAUCCUUCGCCAUAUCUAGGGAACCAAGACAACUUUGAUCCAGAAAACAACCCAUCACCACUCUUGGGAGCCCAGCAGGACCCUGCGUUGUUCCAAGAUCUCUCCAGCUUUGGGCACUUCACUUUGAACGAGAAUCGAGGGCCGUCUCCUGGCCACAGUCCUCAUAUUUCCCCCAGUUUGCUCCCACAGCAACAUCAGCUUCCCCCUUUUACACAGGCCGACAAUUAUGGCCUAGGGCCCAAUUCAGGCAUAUAUUCCAGCCAAGCACAGGAACAGUUUCCGACUCUUGGAGGCACUGUUCAAGACUAUAGUGGUCACGCCGAUCAGAUGUCUCCUCCCGAGAUCAAUAUUGACUUUGCGCCUCCGUCCAGACAAACAAGUUUUGAGCCUCCUAAGCCAGCUCAGCAGCAUCCAGGCGACGCUCUAAGUCCUCCAGACAGAUCGCGAAGCCGGAAUCGCAUGCGCGCAAAGUCUGAUCCUUUCAGCAGUCAAAGCACUCGUGCUUCGAGCCCUGGUGAUGAUCAAGGCCUGUCACCAAGAUCUGCCACUUCACGCUCUCCGUCCCCAUCCACAAAAUCAUCUCGCCGGUCCUCAACGUCCAAUCUGCCUAACCGGGACUACAUCCUGGACCUAGCAGACCCGUCCAGACCUGCCUCAACAGGGUCAGGCACAGAAGGCGGUAACAUGAAGCGCCAACAGAAGCAUCCAGCAACAUUUCAAUGUUCUCUAUGUCCAAAGCGAUUCACACGUGCUUACAACCUGCGCUCACAUCUUCGCACGCACACCGACGAGCGUCCUUUCGUCUGUAGCGUCUGUAGUAAAGCUUUCGCACGUCAGCAUGACCGGAAGAGGCACGAGGGUCUCCACUCUGGAGAGAAGAAGUUCGUAUGUCGUGGCGUCCUCAAAGAAAAUGGAACCUGGGGUUGUGGCCGCAGAUUUGCUCGUGCUGAUGCCCUUGGACGACAUUUUCGAUCAGAGGCGGGUCGUGUGUGCAUCCGGCCCCUGCUUGACGAAGAAGCACAGGAGAGGGGCUGGCAAGAAGAACAACAAAUGCAGCAGCAAAACGGCAUGAUGAGCACGAUGGUACCACCAAUUCCAGGCAUGGAGAUGUCUGCGGGCUCAGCAUUUGGCCAAUACUCCGGUCCUAGCAUGGACAGCGGGAUGGGCAUGCCUGGUUCCUCGGGCGGAUAUGCUUUGCCUGCUGCACUGCUCGCCCAAUAUCCGGCUCUUGCUGGGUUGCAAUGGGACUCGCUUCCACCAGGUCCUCCUGAUGAGUAUGAAGGCGACAUCAGUGCCCGCAGUAGCUUUGAUGCUAGCUCGGGCGGUGAUUUCUACGAGGACGAAGAUAACGGUCAAAGCUACCAGCAACAAGGUUGGGCUAGUGAUUACGAAACCAAACCCCUCGGCAGAUGAUGCAUGACACUUGACGACGAUGACGGCCACGGAUUAACGGCACUUUGAUGGGAAUUUCGAUCGUACAUAUUAGCAUUACUCUUUGGUGGCGUUGUCUAUGUUUUAUUCUGUUUGCACUCUCUUAUUGAUACCACAUGCGUAUGUUUUCUA